CCUCUCCAAGCCGGCUGCACCGGCUGCGGCGAUGAAAGAGGAGCCGCACCGUCUUCCGCCCACUUUGCUUCCCUUCUCCUUCUCCAGGCCAACCGGCCCUUGCAGAGGCGAGAUAUCCGGGGGCGGGGAGUUGGCGGCUUCCGGAUCCAAUCGGACGCUUGUUUUGCUUGGGAGAGCCAGAAACCGGCGCCUAUUUCUGCAAAGGGAGCAGCUGGAAAGGGGAAGCAGGUGAGUCCGAAGGUGGCUUUCAGACGCCCGGAGAGAAGACUUCGUGGGCGGGGAAGAAGAGCUAGGUUAGGCAGCCCCGGAGCCGCCAGGAAUUGCAUUUUUUUUUAGUUUAUUUAGGAUUGACUCAGCCGUUGACCUGCCCCACCGGCAGAGGCCACCUGGAGUAUCCGAUCACCUUGCUGUCUUUAAAAAAAAGCGAUUUUUUCCGCCUCCCCCCACCUUCCUCUCGGUUGGUGCGCCGAAUCUGCGGUGGGGAAAAGUCCGCAGGAUAACGCGGAGGGAAAUACCUCGUAGGAAACGUGACCGACUGGAUCCCUGGUCCCGGCUUUGGCGAAGUUCUCCUCAAGGACGCCACAGCAUUGGCGUGCAGAUUGCAGCUAUGCUGUAGAGGAGGCAGAUGGGGAAAGAACCGGGCAAAGCAUCUGGCCACCUCCUGGAUUUAAAGUGGUGCUGAAGUUAAAACACCGGAAAUGUACAGAUAACCUAAAAUGGAGAAAGCAAACAGCCCCAGCUUGCAACUCGAACAGCUAGUGACGCAGCCCAUCUCUGUGACGGACCACGAGGAUGCCUUCUCUUACAGGGAAAAUCUGAUUGGUGCCUUGCUGGCUAUUUUUGGGCACCUGAUGAUCAGCAUCGCUCUCAACCUCCAGAAAUACAGUCACAUCCGGUUGGUGAGUUGCAAAGAGACUAAGGCUUAUUUUAGGACCAAGACGUGGUGGUGCGGAUUGUUCCUUCUCUGCCUGGGAGAGUUGGGGGUCUUCUCCGCCUACGCUUUUGCCCCCCUGUCCCUGAUAGUGCCUCUGGGGGCUGUCUCUGUCAUAGCCAGUACAAUCGUUGGAGUCAUAUUCAUCAGGGAAAAAUGGAAACCCAAAGACUUCUUGAGGCGUUACGUUUUGUCCUUCAUAGGCUGCGCCUUAGCCAUUGUUGGGACGUACCUGCUGAUCACCUUUGGACCAAACAAUCAUGAAGUCAUGACAGGGGAGAACAUCAGAAAGCACCUGGUCAGCUGGCCGUUCCUUCUGUAUAUGCUGGUGGAGAUCAUUCUGUUCUGCCUGCUUUUAUAUUUCUACAAGCAGAAGAAAGCAGACUAUAUUGUGGUGAUUCUGCUUCUGGUAGCCCUCCUUGGUUCCAUGACUGUUAUUACCGUCAAAGCCGUUGCGGGCAUGAUCGUGGUUUCCAUUCGGGGGAAUAUGCAGCUGGGCUACCCUAUCUUUUACAUCAUGGCCGUGUGCAUGGUGGCGACAACAACUUUUCAGGCAGAGUUUUUAACCCAAGCUUCCCAAUUGUAUGAUGUAUCCCAGAUUGCUAGUGUGGGUUAUAUCCUGUCUACUGUAAUAGGAAUUACGGCAGGUGCAAUUUUUUAUUUGGACUUUAUUGCAGAGGAUGUUCUCCAUAUUUGUAUGUUUUGUUUGGGAUGCCUCAUUGCCUUUUUAGGUGUCUUUCUGAUCACUAAAAACAAGAGGAAAUGUGUCUUUUUUGAGCCUUACAUCUCCAUGGAUGCCAUGCCAAGCAUGCAGAAUCUUCACGACAAUGGAACUGCAGUUCAACCUGAACUAAAGCCUUCUUUUUCCUAUGGUGCCCUGGAAAACAAUGAUAGCAUCUCCGAAAUUUAUACUCCUGCUACAUUAACCGUUGUCCAGGAAGAACAUGCUUCUUGUCGGAUCAUGUCACACAGCAAAAGCGAGUGAAUGCUCUUUGGAGAAAUACUGUAGGUGUGAUUGUCUAUUUAUUACCCCCACCCGCUUUUCUGUUAUUUCAUUCAUCGAGCCCAGCAGGCAGCUGAAGUAGGGAUGAACUCAUAUGAUAAUUCUAAAGAAAUACUGAUUAAGGAUCACGUACCUGCAGAUACAGAAGUAUUCCAUGGUAAACUGAAUUGCAUUGGAAUCUGAACCGCUCCAUCAUUGCAAACUCAGAAGGCAUUUGAAGUAGCUAAACAGACUGUACUCGGGUGACUAUAGACACUCUAGUAUAACAGAAGCCGUGGUUUCCUUGGGAUAACCAGGGAUUGUAUAUCUUUUAAAAACUGGAAGAAUGGCAUUCUCCAAGAGAUACGUAUUAGGGAUACUCCAUACUGAAAACUAAUUAUUUCCUCCUUUUCUGUUGGCACGGCUAACCAGAGAUGCAUUGAUGCAGUUCACUAGUGUGUCCCGUUUUACUUAUUAUAUCUUGUUCUCCUAAACCUGGGAAUUGGGAGGGAGGCAGGAUAUAUUCUAGUAUUCUGUUACCCUGGUCAAAGGGUUUAGUCAACAGUUCAACUUUUAUUCCCCAUGAAAACUAUGCAAUUGAAGACAUAUCGCCACUGAGAACUCGUAUCUCUCGGAUCAACACACCAUGACAGCGUUGGUCUGCAACCCCUGGUGGAGAAUGUGAUGACAUGUGUUUUGCUAACCAAAGACCACCAUCUUGAAAUCAUGAUGUUUGUGCUUUUAAUAGUUGUCCUGGAAAUGAAAUUCUAGAUUGUAAUGUCCUUUGUAUUAGGCCUAGUUUAGGCCUGAAUUGCAUCAUUUCAUAGUAAUGGUUGGAGACUGCCAUUAAAUGCUUUUUAUGCGGAUUAAAAAUACUUCCCUGCAAAUAGAAAGCCAGCUUCUGCAGAUGUCCUUGAGUUGUGACGAAAAACCACCUUCCUUCUUUCCUGUGUGUGAUACUUUAUGUUUAUGUGCAGCAAUUAUUUAAAUGGAGGAGCAUUUAAAAAUAUGCUGGUGCUUCAACUUCCAGUCAGCAAUGCUGCAAUCUUUUUUGCUAUCUCUGGCUACUUUGCCCACAGGGAAAGACAUUGAUUUCCUGCAAGUUUUUGUUUUUAAUUUGUACUGUAUCAGGGUUCUAUCUGCUUCUUUUCCGCAGCAGAUGACAACAAUUAGACAACCUUGGCUGAUCUUAAAAAGCUAAGCUCUGUUAGAUGUGAUUUUGUAUUGAGGAUGGAUGACCGUGGGAAAAUCCCCAGUUGCAGGGUGUACUGGGAAAUGUAAAAAGCAUCUCAGAAAAUGCAGUCCCUACUCUUUUCCAUAAUGAUGUCAGGUUUCUGGUGGUUGCCAGUAGAAAUGAAUAGAUUUCUGGUGGUUUUGUGGAAGAAUUAACAUGAAUGUAAACCUUGCUGCAGUUUUCAACGGCCCUGUGGAGUCUAAAUGGAGGAUACUCAGGUAUUUGGACCACUUUCACAGAGUGAUUUGCACUUAGGAUCCAUGAAGAUCCAUGGGCAAUAUGAAAUAAAGCAGUGUUUCUCAACUGGCAGGUUCAAGAUACGUGGACUUCAGCUCCCAGAAUUCCCCAGCUGGUUAGGGAAUUCUGGGAGUUGAAGGCCAUACAUCUUAAGGUUCCCAAGAUUAUUGCUCUGAUAUAUUCUCUUCUGGAGAUACCUGUAGGAAAUUGAAUUUCUUCCCAUGCCAUCACAUCUUCCCCAAUAUCAAACAAAUAUUUAGGC